AUGAAUUCUGCCACGUUUGUGUUCACAGUGUUACAAGCUUGUCACUUGGUGGCUAUCGAUCAAAGACGCAUCUACAAGGGAGUGGACGACUCCGAGGGGAAGUACCCUUACGUAGUAGCACUUAUCAAGUACUAUAGACGAGGUACCGGCACCCUCAUCGCACCCAACUGGGUUCUAACCGCGGCACGCUGCCUCACCUCCGCCACACACAUACAAUUCGGCGACAUGACGAUACCCUUCGAAGUUACUGAAUCCAAACGACUGGUCCUACAGACGGAGCAACCACCAUCCACUAACAUGCUGGGGCCGGACCUAGGACUCAUAUGUGUUAAUACGGUGCCCAUGAAGACGUACGCCAUGGUCUCAGCAGUUGACUACAAGGUGAUUGAAGGUCACGCCGUCGAGUUCGCUGGCUACGGGUUCACACAGAAAGAAUGGUCCAAAGAUAUCGAAACGAAUUUCAAAAAGGACCAGGUUAGGCCACUCCAGCUCGGCUCUGGCCUCGCGACUGCUUGUAAGACGAAUGGUUACUUAUUCGGGCCGUUUUUGUGCGCAGCUCCGAAGUGCUCCAACGCGGAACAAAUGACACUGCCAGGCGACCCGGGCGGCCCGCUGUUCUACGACGGCAAGGUGGCAGCUGUCCACAUUGGCAGCCAGACCAUGACCUCCGUCCGCCACUACACGCCUCUCAGCCCCUACCUCAGCUGGAUACAGAAGGUCAUUACUACACCACAUAAAUUCCAUGUAAUACAGAGGACGAGGGACCUCAACGAUACUUCAAGUCAGGACUUGAAGAAUGUUUCUAAUUACCUUUACGGUCUAAAAAGUAGAGUGAAAAUGUAUAGAGAGAAAUUGAUGUCAGUUUUGAGACGAGAGCUAGCAUAG